AUUUGAACAUAUUUUCAUAAAUUCACAAUAAGUAACAAAAAACACUUAUAAAACAGCGAUUAUAAUUAAAGUCAAUUAAAAAAACUUGGUAAAAAUUAUUGACAACCAGUUAUUUGUUUUCAAUUGUUAUCGACGGUCAGAAAAUGUUGGCUAAUUUUGGGAUAAUUUUACUGGUGUUGAGUCCAAUAGUGUGGGGUUUGGACCGCAAACAAGUGGUCGAUUACGCUGUGAAACAAUACACAAAAUUAGACAAAACACUGAAAAUCGGUUCCCAAUACCCGAACGAUGGUUCCCCGGAGUCCAGCACUUGGCGGACAACACCGGGCGUUAAGGACCAGUGGACGGCCGGCUUCUAUCCGGGAGUUCUUUGGCAACUAUACGACUACACGAAGAAUGAGGAGUGGAAACGGUUGGCCAUUAAGGCUACUGACGGCCUAUACGAGGAUCAAUUCAAGACCGACUCUCACGACAUCGGGUUUAUGAUAAUGUGCUCGUAUGGCAAGGGAUACGAGUUCACCGCCAAUGAGACCUAUCCUAAAGUGAUUGUCACCGCCGCUCACAGUCUGGCCAAACGGUUUAGCCCUAUCGUUGGUUGCACGCGGUCGUGGGGCGCCGACUAUGUACACCAUCUGCCCCUAAAGGGCCAAUUCCUGGUCAUUGUGGACAAUAUGAUGAAUCUGGAGCUAUUGUUGGAGGGCUGGCGACUGUCCAACAACCAAACCCUCUACGAUAUGGCCGUCUCUCACGCCAACCGUACGCUCAAAGAGCACGUCCGACACUCCGACUAUAGCAGCUAUCAUAUCGUGGCCUUCAACGAGACUACCGGUGCUGUGAUCCGUCGCUAUCAGGGCCAGGGCUAUAACGACUCGAGCACGUGGUCCCGCGGCCAGGCGUGGCUCGUGACCGGCUUUACCAUGGUCUAUCGGUACACAAAAUCCCAACACUUUCUGGACGCCGCCCAACGAUUGGCCAACUAUUACAUCGAUCACUUGCCCGCCGACGGUAUCGCCCCCUGGGAUUUCAAUGUACCUCACGAUAAGCACCCGUAUAUACCGCGAGACUCGUCCUCCGGAGCGAUAGCCGCCUCGGGUUUGUUUGAACUCUACGGCUAUACCAAGAAUGACAGGUAUCUGAAGACAGCGAAAUUGAUUGUGGAGUCAUUGGCCAGCAGUAGAUACCGGGCCGAUGGGAACCCGGCGUACAAAUUACCCGCACUUAUAGUGAACGGCACGAUAUCGGGUCCCAACGCCCAGAAGGGGAAGUCCGAUGUGGCCCUCACUUAUGGCGACUAUUACUUCAUGAAUGCACUCAAAUAUUUUGCUUAA